GUGGCGGGAUGGCGGAGCUCUACGUGAAGCCGGGGAACCAGGAGCGUGGCUGGAACGACCCUCCUCAGUUCUCCUACGGGCUGCAAGCGCAGGCCGGGGGUUCCAGGCGAAGCUUGCUUACCCGCCGGGCCUGCCCUCCGCCCGAGGAGGCCCGUCCAGGGGCUCCCCCACAUCCGGCCCAUGCCUCCACUGCCCCCGCAGCACCGCCCCCACGAGCGCUGGGGCCGCACUCCCACGGGCCCGCCAGCUCCGAUCCGCGGGCAGAGAGCCGGGGGCCGAGCGCCGCGAACUGCCCGGAGGAACGAGGCCUGCCCGCCGACGCCGUCCUCACCCCGCUGAAGGAUGCCCUUGAUGCCUGCCGCGCCAGGGUGCAGAAACAAGUGUGUGAUGACAUCGGGCGGCGUCUGACUGUGCUGGGGGAUGCCUGGGCUCAGGGGAAGCUCUCUGCACCGGUGAGAAAGAGGAUGACCCUCCUAGUGCAAGAGCUCCAGCAACAGCACUGGGAUGCAGCUGAUGAGAUCCACCGCUCACUCAUGGUGGACCACGUGAAUGAGGUUAGCCAGUGGCUGGUGGGUGUCAAGCGCCUGAUCGCUGAGACAAGAAGCCUGCCAGCUGUGGAGACAGCUGCGGAGAUGGAUGGCAGUGCUGAGGCUGACCCAGGCCAGGAGAAUCCCUGAUGUCAGGCAUGAGUCUGCAGACUGUGAGCAGGGGAGCCUGUGCUCAAGGCCAGCACCAGGAGAAGGGCCCAAGGGUGUCUGAGCACCUCCUCUGCUCCCACUCCUUGCCCAGGAAAAGGGAUUUUAAUCAUGUUGACAUUUUAGUGGGAAUUUAGUACCUGGUGUUUAAUAAAUGGCACUAACUUGCCUC